AUGCCCUGCCCCUACUCCACUACUCAGCCCCUCCCUACCACCUCCUCUCACCUCUGCACCCCUCCUCUGCCCUACUGCCUCCCCCUGCCCUCUGCCCUGCCCCCUCCCCCUCGCUUCCGCCCCUCUGCCACUAUCCUCCAUCGCCCUCUGCCACUGACUUCCUUCCCUCUGCCUCCUGCCAUCAUACAGCCUCUCCUGCCUCUGCGCCUCCAUUCACGCACCUCUGCCUACGCACCUCCUCCUCGCGCCUCUGCCCGCCUGCCACCUCCCUCUCCCACGCCCCUGCCCUGCCCUGCCUCCUCCUCGCACCUCUCCACGCUCUCUCCUGCCCCUCUCGCCUGCCACUCCUCAUCAUGCACCUCCGCCCCUGCCUCUGCCUCCCUCCUUGCGUCUACCUCUCCCUGCCAUCCUCCCUCAUGCCCCUCUGCCCCUCCCUACCCCGCCCUGCCCCCUCAUCGCCUGCCCUCCCUGCCCCUCACCCAUCGCCCCUCUGCCCUGCCCCUCCCCCUCCUGCCUCCUCCCUCCUCCUUACCCCUCUGCCCUGCGCAUCAUCAUCGCCCUCCCUCCCCCAUCUGCCUCCUGCCCAUGCCUCUGCCCUCGCGCCUCUCUGCCCCCCUGCCGCUCACCCGCUCGCCCCUCCCUUCCUACCCUGCUCAUGCGCCCUCCGCUUCCUGCCCACCAUACUUGCCUCUGCCUGCCCCACUCCCCCCUCUGCCUCGCCUCAUCAUCAGCACUCUGCCCUGCCCUGCUCCAUCAUGCGCCCUCUGCCCCCGCCUCUCCCUCAUGCGCCUCUGCCCCUCCUCCUCCUUCGGCUUCCUCUGCCCCUUCUGCAUCACUCCUACGCGCCUCUGCCCUACUGCCUCCACUCCCAUACGCCCUCUCCCUCCAACCUCAUCCCAUCUACCUCUGUUCCUACGACUACCACCUCCGCCCCCUUACGCCUCUCUGCCCUGCCGCAUCCUCCCCUCUACCCUGCCAUCCUCCCUCGCCCGCCCCAUCUCUGCCCUCCUCAUCCCCGCCCAGCCUCUACCCCUCACCCUCCUCAUGCCUGCCUCCUUUGCCCUGCCCUGUCCUCCUCACUCCACCCCCUCUGCCCUGCCCUGCCGCUUCUCUUCUCUUCGCCCUACCCUGCCUACCGCAUCACCCCUUGCCCUCUGCCCCCCCCUCCUGCGCCCUCCGCCCCUGCCCCCCCCUACACCUCUCUGCCUCUGCCCUACCGCAUCCUCCCCUUACACCGCUACUCCUCUCACCAUCACUGCCCCUCUGCCCCCCCUCCUUCGCGCCUCUCCCUGCCUGCCUCCCAUCUGGCCUCGCCCUGCCGCACUCCACUCCUCCGCCCCCCGCCUCCACAUAGCUCCCUCUGCCCUCCAUCAUCCCUUCGCCUCUGCCGCCCUCCACCCCCCGCCACCUCCUCUGCCCUGCCCUGCCGCAUCACCCACCUCUUUUCACCCUGCCACUCCAUCCUCGCCCCUCUGCCCCGCCUGCCUCACCUCCCCCUUGCGCCCCGCCCUGCACCCUCCAUACGCCCUCUGCCUCUCCCCCCUCUGCCACCGCUCCGUCCCUCCUCCCCCUGCCCCUGCCUCUCUGUACGCCCCUCCGCCCUCGGCAUCGUCCAUGCGCCCGCCCCUGCCUGCCCCUCCCUCCGCCCCUCUACCUGCCUACCUCCCCCCUACACCUCCUCUGCACCUGCCCUACCUCCACCCUUACCCACCUCACCCCCCCACCUCCCCCCCCUACCCCUCUGCCCCUCUGCCUCCCUCACACUUGUACCCUUCUGUCCCCGCUCAUCAUCCACCUCCCCCCCUCCAUCCGCCCCUGCUGCCCCCCAUCACGCGCUCUCUUACCUCGCCCUGCCUGCCCCUCCCACGCCCUCUGCCCCGCCCUUCCCUCUGCCCUGCCCCCUCUGGCCCUCUACCCUACCACCUCCCUCCCCAUGCCACGCCUCUGCCUGCCUGCCAUAUCUCCAUCACUGCUCCGCCCUGCCGCAUCUCCUCCGCCCCCACUCCUUUGCCCUCUGCCCGCCUCACUCCUGCCUGCACUUCCCUGCACCGCUCUCACGCCUCUGCCCCCUCGCUCCUGCGCCGCUCCUCUCUCUUGCUCCCCUGCCCUCUCCUGCUCGCCCCCAUCUGCCCCUCCUGCCUCUCUCGCCUUCACGCCCUCUGCCAUCUGCCCCCCGCCCCAUCAUCGUGCGUUCCCUGCCCUGCCUCUGCGCCCUCCCCUCAUGCGCACUCUGCCUUACCGCCUCCACUCCGCCUCCCUCACCCGCACUCUCGCCUGCCCUGCCUCAUCCGCGCCUCUGCCCUGCAUCCCUCCUCUGCCUCUGCCCCCUGCCCCGCCUCCUAUCAUGCGCCUCUGCCGCCUGCCUCCCCCGCCUCUCCCUCCCUCUGCCUCCUGCCUUGCUCCAAUCCAUGCGCCCUCUGCCCUGCCCUCCCCACCUUACCCCUCUUCUCCUCUCUGCCUGCCCCUCCUUCGCCCGCCUCUGCCCUGCCUCGCACCAUCCCCCCGCCACCUCUGCCCUCUGCCCCGCCCCUCGCCAAUCGCCUCUGCCCUGCCCUGCACUCCAUAUCACCCUCUCUCCCGCCUCUGUCGGUCUGCCCUCCGCUCGCUGCCUCAUUCCUUGCGCCCUCUGCCCCUCGCCUCUCCCUCCCCAGCCCUCUGCCUUCUGCUCCCAUUCUGCCUCGCCCUCUGCCCUGCCCUCCUCCCUCGCCCUCUCCUGCACUUCAUCCCUCUUCCCUCCUCUGCCCCCUCUGCCCUUUCUCGCUCCAUCUCCCGCACCUGCCCCUCUGCCUCCCGCCCCUCCCUGCCCCCCUGCCCUGCCCUCAACGCCCUGCCGCGCCGCGCAUCUCCCCUCGCCUGUCGUCGCCGUCCUCUCCCCAUCUGCCGCCAUACGACCUCCAUCUGGCCUCACUUCGCCCUCCCCCCCCGCUCCCUCAUUCCCCCGCCCUCUCCCUCGCGCUCGCCCUCCUCUGCCCCCCGCCUCCUCCUCCGCCAGCGCCUCUCUCCCUGCCCACCCUCGCCCCUGCUCUCUGCCUCCUCUUCUUGCCUCCUGCCUCUACCGCCAUAUCCAUCAUGCGCACAUCUGCCCUACCUGCUAGUGCCAUCAUCGCCCUGCCUCUGUCCGCCUGCCCUCGCCACGCCCUCUACCCUGCCCUAUGCCUCCAUUCAUGCGCCCUGCCCUGCCGCCCCCAUAUCCUCUGCCUCACUGCCUCAUCUACGCUGCCCUGCUCCUCCCUCUCUGCCCUGCCCCUCCCGUUCAUACGCCUCUACCCUGCCCUCCUCUUACACUUCCUACCUCUGCUAACCUACACCUCUUACACCCCGCUCCCCUGCACCUACCACCCCCCUUGCGCCCUCUCUGCCCUACACGUGCUGCACUCAGCUCCCCUUACGCAUACAUCUGCCCUGCACUCCAUCAUGCCCUCUCUGCCACCUGCCACUGCCACCUUCCAUCCACCCUCUGCCUGUGGCCCCCGCUCCCCUGCUGCCACCUCUGCCUGCAGCCAAUCAUCUCCGCCUUUGCCCUGCCACCACUCAGCUCGCCAUCUGCCCUGCCUCUAG